GGCCAAUGCGCUGCGGGCACGGCGCGGGCCCGGCGCGGGCGAGCGGCGAGCGAGGAGCGGGCGCGCCGCUAUCUGCGGCCGCGGCCGUAUCGCGGCGCGCUUAUCAGUGCGCGAUUAGAUACCGGCGCGAGCGCUCCGCGACACCUGCCGCCGCCGCGACAUGUGAGCGACCUCCUCGCCGCACCGACAUGACCUGCAAGGACCGCCUGCCGGAGCUGCGCCGCCGCGCGAAGGCGGCGGGCGUGUGCGCGGAGCCGGCGCCCCCCUCCACCGCCGCCCCCGCAGGCCCCGACCCGCUGCUCGCGGAAAUCUUCGGAGAGGUAGAACAGAUUCGGGUAUGGAUAGGCGAGGUUGCGGACAACACGCGGCGCGUGCGCCGCCUGCACGCCGACCCUACCUACCACACCAACAAGGCAUUGCAGGAGCAGGUGGACGCGCUGGUGACGGCGUCGAACGCGACGGGGCUGAAGGUGAGCGGCGCGCUGCGGCAGCUGGCGGCGCGGUGCGAGGCAGCGGGCGGGGCGGUGGGGGGCGCGCGGGGCCGCAUCGCGCGCCUGCAAGCAUGCACCGCGCGCCGCCACUACGCCGACGCGCUCGCCGACCACCAGCACGCGCUGCAACUGCUGCGCGACCAUCAGAUGCGCCUGCUGCAGGACCAGAUCCGACUCACGAAUCUCAGUAUAUCCGAUGAAGAAUGUGAACGGCUGCUCGAUUCAAACAACAUCGCACUUUUUGUGGAUAAUGUGGAGGCGGAGACGGCGGAGGCGCGGCUGGCGCUGCGCGACGCGGAGGCGCGGCGCGAGGAGCUGGCGCGUGUGGAGGCCGCGCUGCGCCACGUGCGCGACCUGUUCCACCAGCUCGCGCACCUCGUCGCCGCGCAACAAGACCAACUGGACAGCGUGGAGUAUUUCGCGCUGCAGGCGACGGAGCAUGUGGAAUGCGGCGGCCAGCAGUUGCUCAAAGGCACUGUCAGCCGUAGAAAAGCUAGAAAGAAAAAAAUAGGGUUGAUAAUAUGCCUUACAUCGGGCUUCCUCAUCGUGCUGUUCGUACUGGUGUACACGUAGCACGCCGCCGCAGUUGGCCUGCGGACCGCCAGCUUACGGCCGCUUGUGCUCUUGUAGUUUUGUCAAGAAACAAAUAAAAUAUAACAGAAAGACUUAAUACUUACAUUCAUAAUAUUAAUAGCAAUAAAUAAAAACUAGUCAUAUAAUACUAUGAACUUAUUCGGAUGUGAACUUUAGGUAAUUUUUUUUUUUUUGUUUUUGAGAAAAUGCGAUAAAUGUAAAGAUAUAUAAGAAAUAACUUAAAUUGUAUUUAAACUAACA